GUAUAAAUAGUUUUUCUCCCAAUCGCCAGCAUAGUUUGAACAUAACUUGAGAUCCAGACGCAAAGGGGCUCUCUCCGAAAUCCUUUGAAUUGAAGCCUCUUUUGCUACAUUCAAACGCAAAUUUACUUUUGUGCGCAUUUCCGCGGUGUUUUUGAUCCGGCAAUUGGAUCUGUUAGCGGAGCCUCGGCCAGAUCUAAGCCGCUUUUGAUCUCCGCCCGAAUCAGAACCAUCUUGUAGCUGUAGUCACAGGUUGAAUUUUCAUAGCUGGCCUUUGGGGUUGGCUAAUGAAGAACGGGAUGAUAGAGUGCAGUGCCUGUCAUUCCAAAAUAGCUAAUCCAUCCAGUAAGGCUGUUGCACGAGCUUAUGACCGACAUAGGAGCAAGGUAUCAUCAAAGCAGCGUGCGCUUAACUUCUUAUUAGUUGGCGGUGAUUGUGUACUUGUUGGUUUCCAGCCUAUUUUGGUUUAUAUGUCAAAGGUGGAUGGCCGCUUCAAGUUUAGUCCGAUUAGUGUCAACUUUUUGACAGAGCUUGCAAAAGUUCUUUUUGCAAUCACAAUGCUUUUGUUCCAGGCUAGGCGGCAGAAAGUUGGUGAAAAGCCGCUUCUCUCACUUUCAACAUUUAUGCAGGCUGCUCGCAACAAUAAACUUCUCGCAGUUCCAGCCCUACUUUAUGCUAUAAAUAACUACCUGAAGUUUACUAUGCAGCUAUAUUUCAACCCCGCGACAGUAAAAAUGUUGAGCAAUUUAAAGGUUUUGGUAAUUGCUGUACUUCUCAAGUUCAUCAUGAAACGCCGAUUUUCAAUAAUUCAGUGGGAGGCUCUUGCUUUGCUGCUGAUUGGGAUUAGUAUAAAUCAACUAAAAUCCAUGCCAGAGGGUACCACUACUUUGGAUCUCCCCAUUACAACUGCUGCAUAUGUGUGCACACUGAUAUUUGUAACAGUUCCUUCUAUGGCCUCUGUCUUCAAUGAAUAUGCCCUCAAAAGCCAAUAUGACACGAGCAUAUAUCUUCAGAACUUAUUUUUGUAUGGAUACGGAGCUAUCUUCAACUUUCUUGGAAUCCUCGGAACCGUUGUUUUUAAAGGUCCCGACAAUUUCAAUAUAUUUGAAGGACAUUCAAAAGCUACUAUGUUUUUGAUAUGUAACAAUGCUGCACAAGGAAUUCUAUCCUCCUUUUUCUUCAAAUAUGCUGACACGAUCUUGAAGAAGUAUUCAUCGACUGUUGCAACAAUAUUUACAGGCAUAGCAUCUGCUGCUUUGUUUGGUCAUACUUUGACCAUAAACUUUUUGUUAGGGAUUUCAGUUGUUUUCAUUUCAAUGCAUCAGUUCUUUUCACCUUUUGCAAAACCCAAAGAUGAAGAACAAAAUGGGAUGGUAGAAAGAACUGAUGUACAAGAUAAACAUAGGUCAAGGGAUUCAUCCUUCAUAAAUAUGGCUGCAGGAGCUAAUGAAGAGGCUACUCACCAUGUUGGACCUGAUGAAAGACAACCUCUUCUUCCCAAAUGAAAAUCUAGUCCAUUGGUUGUCUCCUUAGCACUUAUCGCACGGCCACAGUAAAGCGUAGAAGAGAAGAUAACGCUAUGUUGAUUGCCACUAGCAUGGUGGCCGCUUCCAUGAAAUAUGGUUAGCUGUUCUUCUUCUUCUUCUUCUUCUUCUUCUUCUUCUUCUUCUUCUUUUCGACACACUGGAAUAGUGGGAAAUAUACUGUAUUGACUAUGGAGGACUCAACCUUGAAGAGUAUAGAUGCAGGCUUUUUACUCGAAUUCCCAAUAUAUUCUUUUAUGAUGAUAUGUAAAUUGAUGAGUUCUAGUUCUUAGUUCAUUGAGCAUCA